GGAUGUGACGACACCAGCUGUGACGUUAGCUGGUUAGUUCCCGAUAGAAAAACGGCUUAAUUUUUUUUGCAAAAACAAGUCUUGGGUAUAAUUAACAGUCUUCGUGAGGAUAUCGACUCUACAUGUUAAUUUAGAUCCGCCAUGAUUAUUUAGAUAAUACAGUUAAUCCUUUAUUAGAAACAGGACUGGUCUGUUAGCCUCCGUGGAGCUAAAGCUGCUAACAGCAGAGACGUGCGUUUAUUUACGUCGAAGCUUUAAAAGUACAUGGUUUAGAGCUACGAGGCGAGUCCAGACUCCGAGUUGAUCAGAUUGUGCGGGACAGACUCCAUCCUCUGUGGACACCUCCUAUAACCUUGUUGUCCAGCUGAGGACCGAGAGACUGGGGACAGUUCCAGAGAGGACACAGAGCUGCUGACCAAGAACAUGUGAAGGUUUCAGACCAGGGUUGUAAAAAGGAGAAUCCCAGGUGUGCAGAAGAUGUCUGAGAUGAUGAAGGUUGAAGCAGAGGAGCCUGGAGGACUCAGUCUGGUGUCCUCCAUACCUGCAGCAUCCUCAUCAGACCUGGAGCUGACACAAGAUGACAAGGAUCUCAUUCGUCAGAUGUUGGUGAUCAGAGAAGUUUCCCCUGACUGGAGCCCAAGCUCAGACCAAGAGAACCCAGAGCCCCCUCACGUAAAGGAGGAGGAGGAGGAACUGUGGGUAUGUCAGGAGGAAGAGCAGCUUACUGUGAAGAAGGAAGAUGAAGAGAAAAAUCAAGAUAAAGUAAAACCUCUGUUACCAGACCUUCAUCAGAUCAAAACUGAAGACAACGGAGAGACGGAAGCUUCAACCACCAGCUUAGCUGAACGGAUGCAAACAGAACCUGAUGGAGAGGACUGUGGAGGACCAGAGCCAAAGUGCAACCUAGAUGAAGUCUGUUCUUUUCAACAAAGUGAAAUAACCAUUUGCAGAAAUGAUCAACCAUAUAAACCUUGUUCUGAAGUUACAUCUCAGAAUGAAGUCCAAGAACGAAAGAACGCCGAUGACUGCAAUCCUUGCGGUAACACAGUAAACCAUAAGCCUAAUGAUGAAUUAAACAUGACAACUUACACUGGAAAGAGAGACCACAGCUGUGAAAUCUGCGGCAAAGAAUUUAAAGUAAAGCGUUAUCUUCAGACACAUAUGAGGCUCCACACUAGUGAGAGACCCUUUGCUUGUGAUGUUUGUUCUAAGAAGUUUCAUAGAAAGACGAACCUUAAAAUUCACAUGUUGGCCCAUUCUGGAGAAAAACCUUUUUCCUGUGCCAUUUGUGGUAGAAGAUUUAAGGUAAAGGAAAGUCUUAAAAAUCACACGAGAAUGCACGCCACAGAAAGACCAUUUGUUUGUACUGUUUGUAGUAAAGGGUUCUUAAGACAGGAGAGUUUAAAAAGUCACAUGUGUACUCACACAGGUGAGAAACCUUUCAUUUGUAGCGUUUGUAGCAAAGGAUUUUCACGACAUUUGGAACUAAAGCGACACAUGUGUGUUCACACAGGAGAAAAACCAUUUAUCUGCAGUGUUUGCGGAAAAAGAUUCUCACUCAAAGAUCAUCUAAAGAAGCACAUGCAUGUUCACACAGGAGAGAAACCAUUUAUUUGUAGUGUUUGCAGCAAAGGAUUUUCACAAAAGCAGAAUCUAAAGAGUCACAUGCAUGUGCACACUGGAGAGAAAGCGUUUGCCUGCAGUGUUUGCAGUAAAGCAUUUUCGCGACAAGAGAGUCUAAAGACUCACAUGCUUGUUCACACAGGUGAGAAACCCUUUAGUUGUAGCAUUUGUAGUAAACGAUUUUCACAACAAAGGAAACUUAAGACGCACAUGCGUGUUCACACGGGAGAAAAACCAUUUGUUUGCAAUGUUUGUAAUCAAGGAUUUUCACAACCCAGAGAUUUGAAAAAACACAUGGCUGUUCACAGCGCUCAGUUCAGCUGUAAUGAGUGCGGUAAACGUUUUGUGAAGGAAAUACAUUUGGAGCAACACAUGAGACUUCACUCAGAGGAGAGGCCGUUUGGUUGUGAUGUCUGUAAAAGCAGGUUUAAUCAAAAGUGCGUCCUUGAAAAUCACAUGCGAGUCCAUUCAGGAGAGAAACCAUUUGUUUGUAGUGUUUGCAAAAGAACAUUUGCACGACAAGAAAACCUGAAGAAACACAUGGGUGUUCAUCAGGCUUGCAAUUAAUCAGUAUUUGAUAUACGUUUCAUCUGUCAGUGUAAUAUUUCAAAUUGAUUUUUACACAUUCUUAUCUUUAAUCCAAAAAAGCUAUUUCAAUUAUUUAUAUAAUUUUAUACCAUCUUUUUCAUCACACAAAAUAUAGUACAAAUGUUUUUGCUCCUUAAAGCACAAAUUCUUUGUAAGCAAUGGCUCCUCCAGCCUGGUAAAAAAAAUCAAUUAUCUGUUCACAAAAUAAAAAGCCCUGCAUUUUCAGAAUGUCAGAUGAAGUCUACUCCACCAUACAAUACACCGUUAAAAAAUAAUUACAUGAAGAGGGCCCACACCUCUGCUUAUGAGCUCUAAAUUCUAAGUAGUUUGAUAGUUUAGACUACCAUUGCUUCUUUUCCUACCUCCUUACUUACUGACUGCUCUAUUUGGACAGCACUUAUCAUGGUGACCGCUGACGCACUUGUGCUUUGGCUAAAGAGUCCUUACUCUAUAAGGGUAUUUGGAUUGAGCCAGAGCCAGCUUGUGACUGAAUCCCAUCUAUUGACUGAAUUAAAGAGAUAGGCGUGUGUACAGCCUGCAGAGAGGGGCCAUGCUGCACACUUUGCACUUUUGAGGAAAAUUGUAACUAUUGUUAACAUUAGGAAAAAUAAAUGCAAACCAUGUUAACAAAAAAUAUUAACCUUUAUGGAUUUUUAUUGUUGAUGUAAUCGAUGAUGUUGACUAACGAUGGCAACCCUGUUGCUAGUUUUUCCAAAAUACAGUUCGGAGAGUAUUUUAUUGUUAAGAUUACACCAUGAAAUGGCUCAGUUACUAGAAGCACCAUUGGUUUAGAUGGAUCUUAAUAAAAAACUCAGAUUCUAAAAAUAAAAAGAUUUCUAAGUUGUGCUGUAAAAAAAAGUUAUACACACAGAUAUGUUUUCCACAUUAAAUGGUCUUUUAAAACUACUUUAACUUGAAAACAUGCCAAAUAUGAAUUAUAUUUGGGGAUUUUAAACCUUUAAAGUUAUAUAUUUGCAGUUUCACUACUUUCGUUUAACAUUAAUUGCUAUAAAAUCCUGCAAAAUAAUAAUAAUAAAAUCCCCUAAGACACACUAAAUUGCCAUUUUUCAUUGUUUUUCUUAAACUUACACAAUUAUGUAACAUUAUUAUUUAUUAAACUUCCAUUUAGUUUUUUUUAUUUAAUGUCGGUGUAACAUGGCAAUAAAAUCAAAUCUGUAUUACUUUAUCAAAAGUGAAGCGGUAAUUUUUUUUUUUUUUAACCUGUAACGACAGAACAAUUGUUUUCAAACUGUUGCAGUUUUACAAAGGAAAGUCGCCGUGUUCAUUCAACUAAAGUAAUUAUUUUCAUUUCUAUGUAGAAACAGAAAUUACCAUUGUUGUCCAAGUAUUUAGAAGACCACUUUGGAUUUGAAAACAAAUGAAAACAGAAAAAUACACAAAGAUAAAACCUAUAGUUGACACAGAUCAUAGGGUUUCUUAAGGUUUUGUGUUUUCAAAUCGCUUACAGCCAGCUUGAUUACACAUUAAGUGAUGUUAAGUACAGUGCCUUGCAAAAUUACUUUUUAGGGAAAUCAUAGCAAAGCGAGUGAAUACAUACUAGGGCUGGACGAUAUGGACCAAAAAUUAUAUGUUGAUAUUUUCAGGUUGAAUGUGUAUAUACAAUAUUGAUAUGUUUUUCUUUUCAUAAAGUUAUAAAUAAUAAAAACACAUCUCUGCAUCAAAGCUUUACCCAAAAUGUCUCACAGGCACAUUUCUUAACAAACAGCUGUAGAUAAAUACGAGAAGCGGCUGAAAUACUGGAAUACAUAAAAGUAUAAUUAUAAUUAUAGACCAUCUCGAUAUAAAUGACAUAGUCUCCUCUCAAAUCUCUUUUUAAAAAAUCUUGAUAUUUUAAAAUCUCGAUACAUUGCCCAGCCCUAAAGCAGACACACAUGCUGAUAUUCAGCAUUUUUGUCAUUUAUGUCUUUUUCUCAUUUCACUUCCCCAACUUACACUAUUGUGUGCAGAUCGUCACAUCCAACAAGAUUAAAAAAAACAUUUAGAAGUUGCAUAAACCAUCCUCUGAAAAUUUUAAUUGUUUGUCGUACGCAUUAAAAUGUCUUGAUGUGUUUUUUCACUCUACAGAUUCACUGAUGUUUUAUGUCUGGUUAACUAAUUAAAUUGCCUAACCUCUGUGAUUUUUGAUCCUUUUAUUCUUUUUUGCUACAUUUUUUAAUAAAUAUUAUAUACUAGUUUUUGGUGUGUUACUAGUUAUGGUGACUUAAGUUUAAUUGAUGAACUCUUAAAAUUGUUUCACUUCAGAAUAAAAUGUUUGCUGCUA